AUGGCGAGGCCUAAUCAAGAGGCGGUUGCGACUUUCGUCAGCAUAACUGGCUUGCCGGAAGCAGUAGCGCUACAAAAACUCGAGGAGCAUGGUGGUAAUCUCAAUGAAGCAGUCAAUGCACAUUUUAGUGAAGGAGAUAGAAAUCUAAUGACUGGGUAUACUCUCUUUUCCCUUAGUAGCAAUUCUCACAACAGCUCUACUGCAUUUCCUCAAGAUGAUUUCAUGGACGUAGAUGAUCAAAAUGAUGCAGAUAUUCACAGAAUUCCAUCACUUCCAGCUUCAGCAGCAAAUCUCAAUCCAUUUUCUCUUCUUGAUCCAACAAUUGGGAGAGGUAUCUUUGGUACUCCUCUUGAUUCAACAUUCCAGGCACCAUUUGUUACACAUCCUAGAGAGGUAAGGGAGAUUCCUAUAGAGGUUAAGGAUGGUAACCAAUCCACUACUCCAGCUUCUCAUGUUCCAUCCAUUGAAGACGUCACUGGAACUGUUGAUGCCCAUGGUCCAGAUAUCCAUGGGACUGUCAUAAUCGAUGAUGAAGAUGAUGACACUGCUCCACCUCCCCGGAUUGCACAUCUAGAUGAGCAAAACCAUAAGAUUUUGGCUGAUACUUCACUCAAUAGCAGACCUAGUGCUCCCGAGUCUGAGAAUUUACCAGAUUAUAGCAAUGAGAUAGAAGAAGAAAUGCUUCGUGCAGCAAUUGAGGCUUCUAAACGGGAGGCUGAGGAAAAUUACAGAAAUCACAAACUUGGCAGACAAAUUGACUCCAGUGAAUCAGGAUCACAGUCAAGGCAAUCUUAUUUUGAGGAUCCUGAGCUUGCCCAUGCAGUUUCAUUGUCCCUGAAGACAGCUGAGCAAGAGAAGGCAUUGCGUGUACAGGAAGGAGAUUCUGAAUCACCGCCAGCAGGGCCAUCUAAGUCAUCAGAGACUGGACUAGGGGAAGUGGCAUCUAAUGGAAGAUUGCAGCCAGGAAGCUUGUCCUUUCAUGAUGAAGCUGAAGAUGUAGAGGAGCAGCCACUGGUUAGGAACAGAUCUAGGCAUAUGUCUUCUGGAUCCACAGGAUCAGUCAAAGAGGUUGAAUUUGCUGAGGCCAGCACACUACCAACCACAGCACCACAGGAGAACAGUAAUCCUCAUCAUAAUAGAAAUUCCUUCCCCUCUGAUGAGUGGGGUGGCAUAUCUUCAGAGGAGCAUGAUGAAGCAGUUAUGCUUGAAGCUGCAAUGUUUGGUGGAAUCCCUGAAGGGACCGGAUAUAAUUAUGCUUAUGCACCACAUGAAUUUGUGCAACGGGGUUUCAAUCCUCGUGCCCCAUAUCGCCCACCUUCACCAACACUGGCGGCACAGCGCCUGAUAAGGGAACAGCAGGAUGAUGAAUAUCUUGCAUCAUUACAAGCAGACAGAGAAAAAGAAUUGAAGGCCAUAGAAGAAGCCAAGGCUGCUCGAGAAGAGGAAAGGCGGAGAGCAGAAGAAUCUCGCAAGAAACUACAGGAAGAGCAGGAAUUGGAAACACUGUUAGCAGCUAAAGAAGUCUCACUGCCACCAGAACCAUCCUCAGAUGAUGAUAAUGCUGUUAACUUGAUGGUAAAAAUGCCAGAUGGCAACCGUCGUGGUCGCAGAUUCCUAAAAUCUAAUAGGCUACAGUCUCUGUUCGACUUCAUAGAUAUUGGUAGGGUGGUGAAACCAGGCAGUUACAGACUGGUGAGACCAUAUCCUAGGCGUGCUUUUAGUGAUGGAGAGAGUGGUGCGACCCUAGCUGAACUUGGCCUAACUAACAAGCAAGAAGCUUUGUUUUUGGAGUUAAUCUGA